GGCUCUCUGGCUGCGCGCGCACGCACGUCCGCUCCUCGCUUCCGGCGCGGUGGCCUCCGGCGGGCAGACGGGACCCCAGCGCCCGGCCUCCUUUAGGACAUGCGGCGCUGAGGAGCGGCGGACCCUUCGCGGCGGCGCCAUGAACCUCCUGCCGUGUAACCCCCACGGCAACGGGCUGCUCUACGCCGGCUUCAACCAGGACCACGGAUGCUUUGCAUGUGGGAUGGAAAACGGAUUCCGAGUCUAUAACACUGAUCCACUAAAAGAAAAAGAGAAACAAGAAUUUCUAGAAGGAGGAGUUGGCCAUGUGGAAAUGUUGUUUCGCUGCAACUAUUUAGCGUUAGUCGGUGGCGGGAAAAAGCCAAAAUACCCUCCUAACAAAGUGAUGAUCUGGGAUGACCUGAAAAAGAAGACUGUUAUUGAAAUAGAGUUUUCUACAGAAGUCAAAGCAGUCAAACUGCGGCGAGAUCGAAUUGUGGUGGUUUUGGACUCAAUGAUUAAGGUGUUUACAUUUACACAUAAUCCCCACCAACUGCAUGUCUUUGAAACCUGCUAUAACCCUAAAGGCCUCUGCGUCCUGUGCCCCAACAGUAACAACUCCCUCCUGGCUUUCCCGGGCACCCACACGGGCCACGUGCAGCUCGUGGACCUGGCCAGCACCGAGAAGCCCCCCGUGGACAUUCCUGCUCACGAGGGCGUCCUGAGCUGCAUUGCUCUCAACCUGCAGGGAACACGAAUUGCAACCGCAUCUGAGAAAGGGACCCUUAUAAGAAUAUUUGAUACUUCAUCAGGGGAUUUAAUUCAGGAACUACGAAGAGGAUCUCAAGCAGCGAAUAUUUAUUGCAUUAACUUCAACCCGGACGCGUCCCUCAUCUGCGUAUCCAGUGACCACGGCACAGUGCACAUUUUUGCUGCCGAAGAUCCAAAAAGGAAUAAACAGUCAAGUCUGGCCUCAGCCAGUUUCCUUCCAAAGUACUUCAGUUCCAAGUGGAGUUUUUCCAAGUUUCAGGUUCCCUCAGGCUCUCCGUGCAUCUGUGCCUUCGGAACAGAGCCAAAUGCUGUCAUUGCGAUCUGUGCAGACGGCAGCUACUACAAAUUCCUGUUCAACCCCAAGGGGGAGUGCAUCCGGGACGUCUACGCGCAGUUUCUAGAAAUGACCGAUGACAAGCUGUGACUCUUCAUCAGGAGUGCAAUCAACACCCACGGCCGACCACCACCAAAGCGCUGAGUGUGCCCUUCAGACUCCUGGGGCUGGUGCCGGUGGCGGGACUGCCCGGGGACCUUAGUCCUGCGGCCAUUCUGUGGUUGUCUGUUUUCCUGAGCAGGGCUUCCCAUUUCCAGUAUUAAAGAAAGCGUCAUGGAGGCAGCGUAGACACUCACAUGGCUCUGAGCGGCCCGGGCCCGGCUGCUGGCCUGUUCCUUUAGUUCGGCUGUGACGCUUUCAUGCUUCCUCCGCGCCCCCCGCCGGCUCCCCCCCGCCCCCACCGUGCGCUUGGGGGCUCCGCACACACACAGGGACUGGGCUGAGAAAACAGUGGACAAAUUGAAGUUUGUUUUGGCAACAGAUUCCAUCAUUUUUACUGAGUCUGUAGUGAGGAAAUGAACAAAUGUGUAAAUGUUAGUUCUCAUAUCACAACCAGAUUUUUAAAGAGUAACAGUGCCAGCAGCUUGCCUUAGGGAGGGAGAAGGGUCCUUCCCCCGUCCGAACAUGAGGAGGAGGACAGCUGUGGUCGAGGACACAGGGUGGGCGUCUUCAUGCCUGUGGCGUGGCGGUGCGCAUGCCUGUCUUUCUGUCGGGACGGAGGCGGGAGCAGAGUGCUGUGUGUGUGUCCCUGUGUGUGUCGGGAGUGGUAGUGUGUACACUUUCAGAAUCAGUCCGCGAGGAGAGUGUACGUAAUUCGGAGGAGGUGGAGGGAAGCGCUGGGCGUCUGGGCAGGAGCAGGAGGCCUCGGGCCGGCGGGUCGUUGGUGAGGGCAGCAGUACACUAAGGAGGACGAAAGGCAUGUGGUACCAUUUUCUAACAUUUGGUAACUAACCCAGGUUAUGGGCUCUAUGUUGUUAGUACUCCCAGAGGUGUGUGUUUAAUUUUCUGAACUUCCCUUUAAAGAACCCUGACUUCACGGUUUCGAUUUCAGGUAGCAAACGCGGAAAGUCUGCGGGAGCAGCUCUCUGUUCUGCCCGUUCUUUCACUGUCAUGUAAUCAACUAACUUUGUACGUGGAUUUCCGUGUAAAGUAUGCAUGUUAUACUUUUGUGUGUAUUUAAUCAUGAAAUUUAAUUUUGCACUUAUUUGUAAUGUUUCUUUUAAAUAAAAGUGACUAAUUUUGGUGUAUUCUCUGUUAA